AGAGAGAGAGAGAGAGAGAUUUGUCUUUGAGAUUUCUUCUCUGUGGUCUUCAAGUGUGUCAUUGAGUGGUGAGCGUUGGGUAGAGGAGCAUCGAAGUGAACUAGUGAAGGGAAAAGCUAAGUAGUAGGAAUAAAAAUGAAGAAGAUUGAAUGGAGCAGGUAUAGAGGAUUAAAAGCGUUGAUUCAUCUAUUGGUGCCGCUGUGUGUGCAUUUCAUCGCAGAAGAGAUGACGGUUCCCUUGCUCGUCGACGUUACCACCAAAGCUUUAUGCGAUAAUGAUGAUGGUGGUGCUACAUCAACCUCUUGCCCUCAGGCCAUCUAUCUUAACGGAUUCCAACAAACGGUUGUUGGGAUAUUCAGGGUGGUGAUGCUUCCUUACCUGGGGCAACUUGCUGACGAGUAUGGGCGCAAACCACUGCUCCUUCUUACAAUAUCCGCCAGCAUAUUCCCUUUCGCUGUACUUGCUUGGAGUGACUCAAAAAAAUAUCUUUAUGCUUACUAUGUGCUCCGUAUGAUUUCACAUAUCAUAAGUCAAGGAAGCCUUUCCUGUAUCUCUGUUGCAUAUGUGGCUGAUGUUGUGGAAGACAACAGUAUGAGGGCUGCAGCAUUUGGAUGGAUUACAGGUCUUUUUGCUGUUUCAAAUUUCCUGGGUAAUCUGUUGUCACGUGUUCUUCCUGAAGAUUAUAUUUUCGAGGUAUCCAUACUCUUGUUAGCAGUUUGUCCAGUUUAUUUGAAGCUAUUUCUGGUUGAAACAAUUAAGCCAGUUCCAAGGCAGGACCAACAUUCAUCUUGUUUGGAAACAAUUAAUAAUGUCUGUAAGAAUCAAUACCAAUCUGUGAAGAAUGGUCUAGCUGUGGGUUGUAACAGCGGGACAUUGAAGCAAAUUGCUCUAAUUACCUUCCUCUAUAAGUUGGGAAUGUCUGGCAUCGCCAGUGUCUUAUUGUACUAUCUAAAGUCAGUUUUUGCUUUCAACAAGAAUCAAUUUUCCGAUAUCCUGAUGUUGGUUGGAAUAGGUUCUAUUUUUUCUCAGAUUUUGGUGCUUCCACUUAUAAAUCCUCUAGUGGGAGAGAAAGGAAUUUUGUGCAUAUCCUUGCUUGCAUCAACAGCAUAUGGACUAUUCAAUGGUUUGGCUUGGGCACCUUGGGUUCCGUAUAUGAGUGCCUCGUUUGAAGCAGUCUAUGUUCUUAUGGAACCAGCUACUUAUGCUAUUGUUUCAAAAGCAACAAGUUCAACCAAUCAGGGAAAAGCCCAAGGAUUUAUCUCUGCUGUGCAAUCAAGUGCAACUUUGCUUUCACCGCUUGCAAUGAGUCCACUGACUUCAUUGUUCCUAUCAAGCGAGGCCCCAUUUGAUUGCAAAGGUUUCAGUCUCUUGUGUGCCUCCGUUUUUAUGGUCUCUCUCUCUCUCUCUCUCUCUCUCUCUCUCCAACCACCCCAUCCCUCCCCUCUGCACCCUCUUUCUUUCAAACAAGUUAAAUUUUCUGCACACUCUUCCUUGUUUAGGUGUUUGCUUUGUUUUUCGCUUUGAGGUUGAACUUAGACAAUGGAACCUCAGCUAGUGAUCCUGGGGACAACAGUGACAAUAUUGAAGCACCUCUCCUCUCAUGAUAACUAAUGGCUGGCAAGGUCAUUAUGGUAAAAAAAAUUACACAGCUUUCCCUACAGAAGUAAAGUGAGGAAGCAUCAAGGCCUGCAGAAGCAAAGUAAAUGUUGGGUUCAAAAUUUCCACUACCUGUCUUGACUAUGCACUGUAAAUCUUUGAUGUGCCUAUAAUGCAAUAUGUUUUUGUAAGUUCUUCUGUGAUAUAUGUAAAAAAAUGAGUUAAUCUAUUGCAACUCUGUUUCCUCCCCAUAAUUAUGUAAAGUUCUGGUUUUCUUGGUAAUCCCUUUGGGAUCACCACUUUGAUGAGAAAUGGAUGCUUGGAAUCUGUGGAAGUUCUGCACCA